AUGGAAAUUGUUUGGGAGGUGCUUUUUCUUCUGCAAGCCAAUUUCAUUGUCUGCAUUUCAGCUCAGCAGAAUUCACCAAAAAUCCAUGAAGGCUGGUGGGCUUAUAAGGAGGUGGUCCAGGGAAGCUUUGUUCCAGUUCCUUCCUUUUGGGGUUUGGUGAAUUCAGCUUGGAAUCUUUGCUCCGUUGGAAAACGGCAAUCACCGGUCAAUAUAGAAACCAGCCAUAUGAUCUUUGACCCCUUCCUUACCCCACUUCGGAUAAACACAGGGGGUAGAAAGGUCAGUGGAACAAUGUAUAAUACAGGGAGGCAUGUUUCUCUACGCCUGGAUAAAGAACAUUUGGUGAACAUCUCCGGAGGGCCCAUGACAUACAGUCACCGACUAGAAGAAAUACGGUUACACUUCGGCAGUGAAGAUAGCCAGGGAUCAGAACAUCUGUUGAAUGGACAAGCUUUUUCUGGGGAGGUUCAACUAAUCCACUAUAACCAUGAGUUAUAUACAAAUGUCACAGAAGCUGCAAAAAGUCCCAAUGGCUUGGUGGUAGUUUCUAUAUUUAUGAAAGUAUCUGAAUCAUCAAAUCCAUUUUUAAAUCGUAUGCUUAACAGAGACACCAUAACAAGAAUAACGUAUAAAAAUGAUGCAUACUUACUGCAGGGACUUAAUAUUGAAGAACUUUAUCCUGAAACCUCUAGUUUCAUUACAUAUGAUGGGUCCAUGACAAUUCCACCCUGCUAUGAAACAGCAAGUUGGAUACUAAUGAACAAACCUGUCUACAUAUCAAGAAUGCAGAUGCAUUCAUUACGGUUACUAAGCCAGAAUCAGCCUUCACAGAUUUUUCUGAGUAUGAGUGAUAACUUCAGACCAGUCCAGCCUCUCAACAAUCGAUGUAUCCGAACAAACAUCAACUUUAGUUUACAAGGGAAAGAUUGCCCGAACAAUAGAGCACAGAAACUACAGUAUAGAGUAAAUGAAUGGCUCCUGAAGUAA